AUGUCUGAACAGGCUGAGCUCGCGUUUGUCAAAUCAUACGUGAACACGCUGUCAUCGCAACCGGUCGUGUACGGAAACGACUACCAAACAGCGCCGGAGAACGAGCUGAAGAGGGUUCCUGUACUGCCCAUCGACCUACCGUCUCCUCCAGAACGCAAUGUUACGGUGACUGCGCCUACAGGUACGUGCGCGCUAUCUGUGGCGCACCUUCAUCCCGUUGUCCGCUCAAUAAGUGUGACGUUCAAAUCGACGAAGCCCGUGCAAGCAUACUCCCUCGAUAUCCAGCCGACAGAUACCAUCGCGCAAAUCAAGGCCCAACUCGCCGCCGUCCCCGGCGCGCCCCCGGUCGACGCGCAGAGAUUGCUGCUCAAGGGCAAGGCGCUGGCCGAUGCGAAGCUGCUGCGCGAAUAUGCUGUGAAGGAUGGUGACACCGUAAACCUCAUGGUCAAGCCUGGCUUCGAUUGGGAUCCCUCGAAGGUUCCCGCACCUGCACCUGCGGCGGCACCCGCGCCUCCCUCAGCAGGGAGCGAGUCGAUCACGCUGCUCCCGAGUCCUGAGACGAGGACGAGGCAUGGACGCACUCCGUCCAUCGUGCUUUCACCGUCUCCCUCGUUGACGGCGAGUCCCGGCGAGGUACUGGUCGAUAUUCCCCUCGUGCUCGACGCCUCGACGAUCCCCGCCUCGCCGUCCUCCGUGGUGGCAGACACGCCAUACCACACGAUCCUGUCCACACCGGCGUUCUGGGAGCACUUGCAUAAGUUCCUAUCCACGGAGUUCCCGAAUCCGAGUGAUGCCUCGACGGCCUGGGAGGACUUCUUCUGCGCGAGCAAAGGCAACCUGUCCGUGAGCGAGAUCGCGAAGAUCCGCGACGCCGUCGGCGUCAUCGGCAUGGCUGGCACUUAA